AUGGCGCCGUCAGCGAUCUCGGACACGAGCGCAGCGGGACACUCCGUCCAAGAGAUCCCCACGAUAAACGGGAAAGAGAAGACGCCCUUGGAGGCCAUAUCGCAGGGCGAUGUCCUCCCUGGCAUUCCUACUUUCCCCACCUACGCGGCCGAGCGGCGGCACAUCCUCAUCCACAUGGCCGCGACGUUCCGGCACUGGGCGCGCCAGGGCUUCUGCGAGGGCCAGUCGGGCCACAUCUCGGUCCGCGACCCGGAGUUCCCGGGCCUCAUGUGGAUGAACCCGCUGAGCCGGCACUUCGGCAUGCUGCGCGCGGGCGACAUGCUGGCCGUCGAGAUCGCGACGGGCCGCAUCGCCGCCGGCAACCCCAACCCGGCGACGGGCCUGCGCACCGCCAACGCGGCCGGGUACUGGAUCCACUCGGCCGUGCACAACGCCCGCCCGGACAUCCACGCCGUCUGCCACGCGCACACCCGCGCCGGCCGCGCGUGGUCCGUCUUCGCCCGCCCGCUCGACAUGAUCACGCAGGACGUCUGCACCCUGCACGACCGACACGCCGUCUACAGCGCCUACGGCGGCAUCGUCUUCGCCGCCGACGAGGGCAAGCGCAUCGCCGCCGCGCUGGGCGCCCGCAACAAGGCCGCCAUCCUCAUGAACCACGGCCUGAUCACGGUCGGCGAGACGGUGGACGAGGCCGGCUUCCUCUUCGGUCUCAUGGACCGCUCAUGCGAGAUCCAACUGCAGGUCGAGGCGGCGUGUGCGUCUGGCAACCUGGAGAAGCAGAUCAUCAGCGACGAGGAGGCGGCCUACAACUGCAAGAUGGCGAACGAGGCCAAUGUGCUCUACCGCGAGGCACAGGGUGAUAUCGAGUACGAGAUAGAGGCAGCGGGCGGAGAGGCCGCCAUCGCGAAGGGCUUCGAGACCCUUCAGAUCGACUCUCAAAAGGCUUGA